AAUUUACGUUCAUUUGUAACGCAAGCAACAAUCGACCGAUCAAAAUGACCAAAACACUGUUGCUCUGCGUUCUCCUCGCUUCGGCCUUCAUCCAAAUCGCCGAAUCUGUGGAAUGCUACGAUUGCGUAAGCUGCGACGAUGUUGAUGAAAACACAAAAACUUGCAAAGGAGAUCAUUGCGUUCGUUUCGAGACCACAACAAGCUUUGACAGCUUUUGCUCAGUCGAUAAGGACUACUGUGAGCCUCACAAGGAAAUGCCGCACGACUGCUUUGUUUGCGACGAAGAUCUCUGUAACUCUGCCUCCACAGUAACGUCGUACGCAAUUAUUUCGACGAUGAUCGCAUCCAUGUUGAUAUUCUUUAAGUAAAUGGUCUGUCGAUGAUAGAUUUCCAGAUGACUUUGUUGAUGACAAAGAGAUUAUAAGGUGAUCUGAUGACAAUGAGAUUAUAAGAAAUAUAUAUAAUAUAAGCAAAUCAAGCAUAAA